AUGGCCACCGUCACCUCCGCAGCCGUCGCCAUUCCCUCAUUCACCGGCCUCAAGGCGAGUGGACCAACCAAAGCGAUUGCCGCAGUUAAAGUCUCAGUUCCCCAGACCCCACGCUUCAGCGUCAAGGCUUCCCUCAAAGACCUUGGAGCCGUCGUCGUGGCCACCGCCGCCAGCGCCGUCCUCGCCAGCAAUGCCAUGGCCCUUGAAAUCUUGCUCGGUGGCGACGACGGCUCUCUGGCCUUCGUUCCCAGCAAUUUCUCCGUCGCCCCCGGGGAGAAGAUCGUGUUCAAGAACAACGCGGGGUUCCCGCACAACGUUGUUUUCGACGAGGACGAGAUUCCUAGCGGCGUGGAUGCAGGGAAAAUCUCCAUGCCCGAGGAAGACUUGCUGAACGCACCUGGUGAGACUUACAGCGUCACUUUGGAAACCAAGGGAACCUACAGUUUCUACUGCUCGCCUCACCAAGGAGCUGGUAUGGUCGGAAAAGUCACUGUCAACUAA